UAUGGGAAUCCAAUCAAGUUAAUGGGUUCAGAGAUACGUGUUUCAUAAGCAAGGUGGAGAGAGUGGUCAGUGGAGAGUGAGAAGUAGUCACUGAACCAUUAACCUCGGAAACCGAAUCCGAAGCCAAAAAAACGGUUUAAAAUGUUGAACCCUGAGCCGCCACCUCCGCCGACGAUGGUUCCGCCGGCGACGCCGCUCAACCGCGAAACGACGUCGCUGAGGAAGAGGAACAGAAUCCGAACUCCGGUUCCUCCUUUCGCGGAUGUCGUCGACGUGGACUCCUCCUUCUUCACCACGCCGAUCUCCUUCAGGGGCACCACGAAAUCAAACGCGAUCGCCGUGGAGCAAUACGACGCCGUUUCCGCUUCCGUUUCCAACCCCGUCCACGUCAUCAACCUCUCUGAUACCGAGGACGACGACGACGUGCGCAUCCUCAACUUUACUCCGCCAAACACGUCCUUUGGAAAACGCCGCAAGAAAUCAUCAUCGAAAGGAGAGUGCUCCAGCACCGCACCGUUCCUCUGCGAAAUCUGCACCGAAACGAAAACCGACAGAGACUCCUUCUCCAUCACCGGAUGCCGCCACGUGUACUGCAACUCCUGCGUCGCGCAGUACGUCGAAUCGAAGCUCGAGGAUAACGUCGUCAACAUCCCCUGCCCUGUGCCGGGAUGCAGGGGAUUACUGGAGGCUGAUUAUUGCCGUGAAAUUCUCUCGCCUCGCGUCUUCGAUCGCUGGGGGAAUGCACUUUGCGAGGCUGUGAUUGAUGCUGAGGAGAAAUUCUACUGUCCCUUUGCGGAUUGUUCUGCUAUGUUGAUUAGGGCAAGUGAAGAUGCUGACAUUAGGGAAUGUGAGUGUCCAAACUGUAGGAGGCUGUUCUGCGCCCUGUGUAGGGUGCCCUGGCACGAAAACAUACCCUGCGAGGAGUUUCAGAAGCUCAACGCGGAAGAGAGGGAGAGGGAGGAUAUCAUGCUCAUGAGCCUCGCUAAGCAAAUGCAGUGGAAGAGGUGCCCCCACUGUAGAUUCUACGUCGCCAAAUCCGAAGGCUGCAUGUACAUGAGAUGCAGGUGUGGAAACUCCUUCUGUUACAAAUGUGGAGCCCCUAUCUUAACCGGGUCCCAUAGUUGCAGCUAUUGUUUUCGUUAAUGAUAUUAUGGAACCAAAAGAGGUUUCGAACAAAUUACUAAAUGCAAACCUCAUAAACUCUUCCCAAACACCUCACACCUAGUGACUUUAUUUAUGCAAUGACAUUAUUCUGUACAGUUAAUAACUAUUUUGCUUUUUCAAGUAUUAAAACACAAUUUCCGUGUCUGUUUUCGGUA